AUGCCCGAAAAAGUUAACGAAAUUAGUGCGGAAACGUGGCGCGAAUGGCUUCGGGAAGCGAUUUUUUCAACACUGAAACAAAAACAAUGUGCAACAUUCGGCCGUAUAUGUAGUGCGCUACGUAAACGGCAUAUAUUUCACAGCGAAACGAUUGCUGCUAGGCUGCAGGAUGCGGUAGAGUGUGGUAUCAUCAUGGAAAUAGUGCGACCCACUGACACGAUCUAUCGCGUGGUGAAAAGGUCUGAUGGGCAGAAUGCAGACACGAACGCACAGAGCGCACCUCACCCAGUGCCGAACGUACUUUGUAUCGAAUGUUUAAAACCUAACCUGAAUGGGCCUAAUGGACGGAAGCCGGAACCGAUGAGUUCGUGCGUACGCUGUGGGAUAUCGCUGCACGAUAGUUGUGCGAACAAAUUGAACGGUUACGAAACGGUUGCGGUUUCGCUGUCCCAGUUAGUGGCGUGCGGGAACCGUUGGUUUUGCGAAGAAUGUAAACCAUGCGAUGCAUGCAACGCCGUAAACGAGAGUCUCAGCCGUGUACACCAGUGCGUCGUCGAAUGUGCGUCCUGCGAGCGUCGAUUUCAUUUUCAAUGUAUGGUUCCACCGGCAUGUACGGGUGAACGAAAGGUUCACGAAAGCUGGCGCUGUAGCAACUGUGUCCAGCACGAAAGGGUCAGCGUUUCUCCGAAAAAUAUCAAACGGACAGCCAAUUUCGAUGUGCACCACGACAAGGAAUGUACGAAAGCUGGGCCACGCUUUUACCGUGCACAACCCACCGAAGCUGACCUGAUCGAUGGACGUGUCGAGGCGAUGAGGCUCAAACUGGGCGACCGUGUAACGGCAGAUGAUCUGGACGUGUUUCGGGAUGUGCUUCGCAAGCGUUGCCAGCUGGAGGAGGAAAAUCUUGACCGCACACCAGAAGCUAUACGGUUCGGGCAGCACGAAACCGUAACCUGGUACUCGAGCCCAUUCCCGCAAGAGUACGCCAAGUUGAAGGUGCUGUACAUGUGCGAGUUUUGUUUGAAGUACAUGAAAACGAACAAUGAGCUCGACCGUCAUCAGAGCAAGUGUGCGCUGCGGCAUCCGCCGGGCUGGGAGAUCUAUCGUGACGGGGACCUUUCGGUGUUUGAAGUCGAUGGCAAUGAUCAGAAGCUUUACUGCCAGAGUUUGUGUUUGUUGGCGAAACUGUUCCUAGAUCACAAGACGCUCUACUUCGACGUGGAACCGUUCCUGUUCUAUAUCCUUACCAAACGCGACCACCUGGGACAUCAUUUGGUGGGCUAUUUUUCAAAGGAGAAGCACAAUCAACUGCGCUACAACGUGUCCUGCAUUCUCACGAUGCCCCAUUACCAGCGGCAGGGUUAUGGUCGUUUUCUGAUCGAUUUUAGCUACAUGUUGAGUCGGGUCGAACGGAAGCCCGGUACACCCGAACGACCGCUGUCCGAUUUGGGCCGUGUGUCGUACCAUCAGUACUGGUGUUCGGUGCUACUGUCGUACUUUUACUUGAAUCGGGAGAGCACGCUAACGUUGGAUAAUGUGUCGCGAGAUACGGGCAUGAUCGUGAGCGAUAUUGUGACGGCAUUGCGGAAGCUUGGAUUCAUCCGGUACCGGGUUGAACGGACGGGUUGUAUACGUGCUAAUCGUUUCUUCAUCUGUGUCGAUUGGCGUCGUGUGGAGCAGCAUCAUCAACAGCAACUUGCAGCGCAGUCAUCUCGGAGAAGAAUUGAGCUUCGUGAAAUGUGCCUGCAGUGGAUACCGAACAUGCGUUUGAGUGUGGUAAUGAAGCAGUACAUCCAGGUAUUAUGCAAUGCACCAAAUAAAGACAACUCUCCGGAGUUGUUCUGCCAGUCAGAGCGGAGUGAAAUGAGGGCUAAGCAUAGCGGAAAAGUGAAUUCAAAUGUCCAAUCAUCACCGAAACUUAAUAUUAAAGCAGAACAAUCUAGCAUAGAGCAAACGGUAACGAUAACAAGCACCGGCAGGGCGCGGUACCGAUCGCGAAAGUACAGUGAUACGAUAUUUGAUCUAUCCCUAUCGCUCACUACUGGAACGCCCAAAGUUCAUCGAACGUUAAAACAACUCCCGAACACGGUUCCCAUCGUGAAGUACAGACACUUGCUGAAGAAUACAUCAGCCGCUGGUCUUAAAUUACCUUUCAUCUUACUAGUUCCUUUGAGAAUGGAAGAAACCGAGCGAUUAAUCGUGCCAUCGGGGGCAGCAAGUCCAUCGUUUGAUGGUGAAGAAAUUUCUCUGGACAGUGUGGAAGCGUUUAUGGGUACGCCGAAAAGUGAGCUGCAAAAAUCAUCGCCCGAAAAACACGUUGCUGCUGGUUUUACACCGAUCGCACCUUUCCGUCAGCUGCAGGACGAAGACGAGGAGAAGAAGAACGCAGAGAGUCAAACAAUGAGCCUCACGGUAACGGGUAAUGAAAGUUGUGGUCGGUUUUGCACACCGAAAACAACCCGCGAGCGUAAUGUGCUGGGUAGGAUGCCGAAAUGUCGCAAGCGAAUCAUGGACCUUGAGCUGCUGGCCGAGGAAACGCACGCGAAACGGUUACGGUUGAACGACACGGUACACCCGGUACGAGGAUCCGAAGCUGAUGAGAUGUGCCUGGGGGAAAGUACACAGGAAAACAUACCCGUUCAGCUGGUGGCAGGUGGAGAACUGAUGAAAUGCUACGAGACGGAGCAUUCUACGCGCCCGGGUAGAGCAUCCAGAGCAAGUCUGGAGGUGGUCAGUGUAAAGUCGAGCCAAGUGCUAGCAUUGUACGACCGAUCAUUACCAAGAACGAUUUAG